CGCAGCGAGACCAGCCUGUUAUUCACCGCCCACCAUUGCUAUUGUUGUGUUUAGACAAUAGAUCGAGCAUGGCCUGUUAUCCCAUCUGCAAUUCCUCUGGUUUCUCUUGUAUUUCAUCCCAUCAGCCACGCAGCAAAGUUCUCCUUUUACACAACUUAAACGUCACAAGCAACUAACCGUUACCGAACGGACCAACUGGAUACGGGCAACAGAGCUUGGGCCCGAGUCCCUGACACGUUGGAAGUACGCUUUAGUGCAAAUUCCGUUUUUCGCCUCACAGCGAUCGCCCACUCAUACCGGACGGCCCAUUAUAUCUCCAUUAACGUCGGCACACAACUGCAUGCAGCAGACGGAUGAGGGAGCUGCUGCAAGAGCUGCUGGUGCGCGGAUUGAAAUAUCGGCAGAGUAGCCCAUGGAUCGCGGACGUAACAUCAGUCGCGGGCGCGGCGCAAAGAAGCGUGGCACCCUCCCAUCUUACUCUCACCACACAUUUCAACAGCCACUUUCAGACUCACCCACCAGCCCGACCACCCCCGAGCCUUCCGGUGUGCACAACCUCCCGCCGCAGAGGAUGGUGCACACCGCACCACAGCGCGGGGGCAAGUCUCGGCAAGCAUCGAGCGGUAUAACACCGCACCGCGCCUCGUCUCCUGCGGCUGACCAGGCGCUGCGUGUCACUGCCCGGACUGACCGGCCAGCUCGCGGCAAAACUUUUCACUUCUCUUCCUUCAACUCCGAACCUCCGUCCGAGAUGGGAGGCUCGAUCAUGGCUGCUGCCGGCUCGUCUCGCAAGAGAUCGAGGACCUUUGAGACGCAGUAUGACGGGGCGGCGGUCGAUGACGAGGCGCAUUCCAAGGGCGGCCAUUCCCUGAGGAAGAGGGCUCGCAUCGACUACACGCAGGAGAUGAUCGACGACGACAUCGGUCUGCCCGCAGCAAGAAGCGAAUUGGUGGUCAAGUCGGCGUCGACGCCAAGCGCCCGGGGCCGCAAGAAGAGAGGCGGGCAUGACGGCUCAGACGGGGAAUCAGAAGAUUUCAUUUCCAACCCCAACAAGCGUCAUCGGACCGACAAGUCACCGGCAUUGGCCGCGGCACCAGCACGCGCGACUUCAUCUCGGCGCCGCAAUCAAUCCAAGAAGUCCGCGGCAGACAGCACCAGCUCAUUCGUGGAGCAGCCACCAUCCGAUAACGAAGUGCAAGACACAAUCCUCGUCAGUCUGCCCAAUGUCAGCUCCGAUCAGCCGGCGUCCGAGGACGAGUCGGAUCGCUCUUCCGUCAAUGAGCCCGAGUCUCCCGCGGCGUCGUCGUCGACUGAGAGUGAAGAGAGUGAAGAUGGCACUGCGCAAACCCAGGCGCAGCCGCCAACGCCACUAGUCCAGAGUACCGAAGUAGUCAAAGACUCGGUCUCCGUCGCUGCCGAGAGUGAGGCAAUCGGUGACGCUUUGAUUGUUACCGAGCCGUCCGAGGAGAAGGCUCACAUCACGCCUUCACACCUCUCACUCACCACUGGCCGCGAGAUCGAGCAACCCGGCCCCAGUGAGGCCAUUACGACAGCACCCGAGUCUGCAUCUUUACAGCCUGCUGAACCCGCUGCGGAGAGCCAGGUGCGCGUGUCGCCGCCCCUAGCAGCCAGAUUGAGGGGUCUCAGAAGGCUCAGGCAAUUGGGCCCCAUCUACGACCAGGACACUCCAUUCGCAUCCAAGUUGAAACUUACACCAUACCUGGACGAGGAAGUGGCUCUCCCCGGUCCUUACACCGAGUGGGUGUAUCCGGCAGAGCCUGUGAACGAGCGAUCGGCAUCCAUCUCAACUCCGCCGCCCGCACCCCCCCUAGGCGCAAUUAAGGAACCCAAGGCUGAAUGGGAUGGGCGCCGUCCGCUGAAGUUCGGGGAGGUUUUCACGCUGUGGCGAAACGAAAAAAGGAGGCGGCAGGAGAUGGGCGAGCCAGAAAUCGAUAUCCUCGACUUCUACAACCAAUGCGUCCGCCGCUACAAGUUGGUCCACGCACAAGACGGUGAUGGUGCUUCGGCAACACAACCCCGGCUUUGUUAUUACUCCACAACCGUUGCAACUAGAAGCAAUCCCAACCAAACCCUUGCCGCCACCCCCGUGGAAGCGAACCUUGAAACCGGGACAACGCCGGAUUCGACUAUCGAAUUGGGCUCCAUGGUUGUGGCGCAGGGGCCGAUACCGCCGGCCGCAACCGUGCCCGAAGAGACUGGUCAUAAUUUGCAGUUACCCGAGUCUCGACCGCCAACCGCUGCUCCCUCGCCGGCUCCGGUUGAGAAUGCCAUGGACCAGGAGGACGCGGCCGACGAGGAGCAGGAUGCGGAAGACAAUCUCGACGGCCAAAUCAAACCUACUAUUACUAGUACUAACGAACCGAUUGAACCGGUGGAAGUGACGAGGAACCCGCCCAAGCAGUACUUGUUUCCGAAGAUCCGGGAUCCCGACGAGUUCGUUGAUGCCUUUGAGGGAUGGCAAGACUUCUCCACCAGCCGGCUCUACGAGACCGUCGCUGCAGCGGUGGAGACUAUGCACGCCUACCAACAGGAGUACAACGAGCUCAAGAAGUACUUAGACGACGAGGAGAAUGCGAAGCGACGGCAGGCGAACGACAAGACAAUUGUCAACUGGGAGAACCGCCAGAAAGCCGACGAGCCGCUGCACUGGCGCCGCCAUUUCGACGACGCCAUCAAGGGCCCGCCCGCCUUUGAGGUGCGCGGGGCUCGGGCGCCCAAGCCCUACAUCGACGACCCCGUGCUCGAGCACCAGAAGGAGGAGGACCGUAUCAUGGCGCAGGCGUACGGCUUCAAGCUCAACACGCACCCCACCCAGGUCGGCCGACAGAACCCGGAAGAGCAGCGCUGGGAAAUGCCCGAGAACCGGCUGCGCAAGAGGACGGAGAAGGCCGAGCUCGCCGAGGAUAAUGUCGUCGAGGGGAAGCGCGUCAGGAAGCCGCGCUAUGUCUCGGACCAGAGCAAGGAUGUCAGCCGGUCCGGCACCCCGACUAGCUUCCCCACGUUUGGUCCUGGUCGCCGUCCGAGGCGCAAGGCCGCCACCUCCGCCGCGAACGGAGACGACCCCGAGGCACAGGAGCAGGUUCAGGCGACCGAGAGCUUCUCGGAGACGCCUCGAAAGGGGCGGGCUGCACGCUCUCGCGGCACGAUGCUGCCAGACGAGCAGGACCAGAUGGCUGCCGUCGAGGAAGCCGAAGACAUCAACGCUGAGGACGAUGAAGCGGAUGUGAAUGGCAAGUUUCAAGCGUCGCGCAAGCGCGACCGACGCAUUAUCCCGCUCUCGGAGCACCCAGCGUUGGUUGCUCCCGAGGCUGGAAUCGAGGUCAGAAGCGCUAAGCGUGGGCGUGGUGGGAAAGGCGAAAUCGCGAGCUCGUCGUUUUACAGCAACGUGUCCACGGCAGCCUCGCAACCGGAUUCCAGGCCAUCGACCGCAGCGUCCGAUGGGACUGCUCGCACGGUCGACACGACGGAGUCUAGUUAUUCCUUCCGGGAGAGGCGCCAGCGCAACUAUGCGCUCGAGAACGACCCGGAGCUGGAGCCUCGGCCAGCGCGACGCCGAGUCCCGGCCCCGAAACAGCAGGAGAGCGCCGAGCCGAAGAAACGGGGCCCGCGGAAGAAACAAGGCGAGGCGGGAGAAAGCAGUGCGUCGGCUGCUCCGGAACAGUUCAGCGAGCCGUCGUCGCAGCAGCCCGCGCCCGGUACCACCAAAUUCCACAACAUCUCUGUACGUACCCCUGCGACACACGGCACAAACAGCAGUAGUAGCUCCCAGCACAUCCCGACCACCCAAGCGGCCGCUGGCCCGUAUGUGCACACAUUCAACGCGGCACCGGCAUUCCCCCCCGGCGCACCCCCUCCACCCCCGGCCCCUCCCGCAGUGAAGAAGCCCAUCACCAAGAUCAGAUUUACCAACAAGGCGGAUUCUGCGCAGGCACAACAGUCGCGGCCGCCGACGCCGGCGAACAGCACAUCCAGCUCUUCUGCCAGUACCACCACCAAGUCGGGGAAGGCGCGUGCCAACAAGUCGAGUGAGGCCAAGAGCGCCGCCGUGGCGAGUGCGAACGCCGACUUGGAUAACAAGCCGUACGCCGAGAUGACCAAGUCGGAGAAGAUGAGCUGGUCAAUGCGGAGACGGUGGGCCUCGGGCGAGAUGCAGGGGGCCGUCGAGAAGCGGCGCUCGACGCUGGCCAAGAAGAAGAGCGAGAGCGCCGACGCAAAAACGGACAAGAUGACGGCGUCAACGGGCAGGGCAACAGGUACAGGCACCGGAACUACUACUGCUAGUACUAGUAGUAGUAGUAGGACCACUGGGGCGGCAGCCACGGUCACUACUUCAGCCGCAGCCGCAGCCAGCCGCCGGGCUGAACAUACCUCCGUCCCAGCCGGGUUCCGCUACUAGUAUUCCAUCAUCCGCGGCAAGCAGUACGCCCCUUUCGGCGACGAUGCCGCAGCCGAGCUUGCACGCUGGUCCGGGUACACUUGUACCCGGUCUCUUGGCCCCGCCGCAGGCUCCUCCUCCUCCUCCCAUCAUGUUGCGGCCUGCGCAACGGCCGCCGCCGCCGCCGCCGCCGCAGCCGCAGCCGCAGCAGCACCACCAAGGGUAUCUGCAGCAGCCUGCGCCGUACCCGUACUCGAUGCCUCCUGGUCCACCGCCGGGGCCGAUGUCUUAAAACGACUGCAGCGCAGCGAUGCUCGAAGGAGACGACGCAAAUCUGAAACAGGGACCUUCCUCU